AUGCCGAUGGAUAAACUAGGUGAUUUGAAUGGUGAUCUUGUUGUAAAAUCAGUCAUGGGCAAGCCCUUUGAUUACUUUAGGAAGAUACUUCAGGAGGAGGACUUGGAGGAUUUCUUCAGGGCCACAUGUUUUGGCAUGUAUCUAGAUUUGCCUGAGGACAACAAUGCAAGGUUUCAAAUGACCGUUGUGUAUGGUUUUCUCAAACGAAGAAUUAUUUGCAGACCCGAGGUGUCGUACUCCUUCUCGGCCUCUUCCCUGGUUACAUUAAAGAAGGGAGCCAAGACACCCAAGUCAUCCAAGGGAGCCAAGACACCCAAGUCAUCCAAGGCAGCCAAGAAAGGCAAAGCCAAGGUUGAUGAUGAUUUGGAUUUAGUGGAUGUUUGUGGAAAGAGCUACAAGGUAGCGGAUUUGCUAGCAGACUUGAAGUCAGAAACUAUGUCAAGAAAGCACAAGGAGUCAUUGUGCUUAGUUUGGUUUGUGAAUUCUAUUCUUUGGGCAAGGGAUGUAAAGAAUAAUAUAGAACUUGGUUUGAUUAAACUCUCGGAGGAUCAUGAGGCAUUCAAUAACUAUCCAUGGGGUCAUAAAAGUUUUAAGUUGACUGUUGAAUAUUUGUGCAAAGCUUUGAACUCUAAUGUGAAGACUUCCAACAUCUAUGGCUUCCCUUGGGCCUUCAUGGCUUGGGCAUUUGAAGCCAUUCCUCACCUACGGAGUCAAGUCAGGGACUACUCGGAAGAAGUUUGUUUUCCAAGGAUCCUCAGAUGGUUGACUACCAAAAACAGCAACAAAAAAAUGAAUCUUGAUCCUUUUAACCCCCCCAAGGAAGCAGUUGUGCACCCAAGGCUUAUCCCGACAAAACGAGAGGUGCAGAUGCCAUGUCUUGUUAGUUUAGGGCAUAGGGAAUCUGUGCAUGAUGAAUUGAUUGAUCAGAUAAAAGAAGAAUUGGCUGGAGCCACAACCAUCAUAAGGGCUGGUGUUGUUGAUGGUGGUGGUGGUGAUGGUGAUGGUGAUGUUGAUGUUAAUGCUGUUGGUGAUGGUGCUGGUGAUGCUGUUGAUAUGAAUAUUGUUGUUGAUGUUGCAAGACAAGCAGUGGAAGGUCUUGCUGAUAAAAGAAGAGAUGAUGAUGGUGGUGGUGAUGGAGUUGGUGGAUAUACUCCCCAAAGUGGUGGUGGUGGGCAGACCACAGAUAUCCCUUAUAGGUUGGGUAGAUAUUCUUCAGUUGGUGCCGGUUCCUCCAAGGUGUAUUCUUGUGCUUGUGAAUGCAGUACUUGCAGGCUGAAAAUGGAGGGUUUGAUAAAUAAGGUUGAAGAGUUGCUUCAGGCACAAAAAGAUACGAAUUCAGCUAUAAAGAGUUUGAUGUCCAAGAGGGGUGUCCAGCCAUCCAAAAAGCUCAGCUCACCCUACACUCCUAUUGGGAUUCGCAAGAGGGCAAAAACAAUUUCCAAGGCACUUGCUGAUUGUAGAGCAAGGAAAACAAGUACUCCACAGAAGUCUAUUUUUACUCCUCCUGUUGAAGUUGUGCCACAAGUGCUGAAAAAAGUUGAUAUUUUCAAGCGUGUAAACCUCCAAAAAAGAAAGAAGCUUGAAACCUUGAUCAAAUCCAAAAAGAGUGGGAGAGCACUGUACUCAAUGCAUGAAUUUGGGGCAGAAGACUUCAAGGUUAUGACAAACAUGCACGAAUGGUGGGAGGAUUGGUAUGUAGAUGAAAUCUUAUUGCUGAUGCGUAUGAGGCAGCUCAAUUUCCCUGAGCACUAUGAUUCCUCUGAUAGAAUCAUGGACCUCAACUUCUACCAUCACUGUCGCAACAGGUACUUAGGGUUGUCCGAUGAGUCUACAAAUGAACGUGUCAUGCCCUAUGAUCAAAGACUUACUCUCUUUAGGUGGGACGAUGAUGGUCUCACUUUUCCCAGAGGUAUUGUGCCCUACCCAGGUGGCUGUGAGUGGAUUGGUGCCAAAAGGAUCAUAGCUGUCAUGAAUAUUAAUGACAACCAUUUUGUCACUAUUGAGAUCAUCAUUGAGGAGGGUAUCAUAAAUGUUUAUGAUUGCAACAUCCCAUGUAAUGAAGACAGUGAUUUCUUCUGCCACAUGCAGCCGUUAUUGGAUUUGUUCCCCAAGUUGCUAAAGCAGAGUGGCAUGUUCUCACACUUACAUGAAAAGUUGCUGAAUGAAUCAUGGAAGUAUGAUUGGAAGAAGGAUAUCCCCCGCAAUGAGACCAAUAAGGCAUGUGCUUCCUGGUCACUUGCUUUUGUUGAAGCUUUGCUUAUCCGCAUGAAUAUGACCAAGCCCGAUACCUUAUUGAGUGACAAUACUGUGGAGAGGAUGCAAUGAAGGUAGGCUUGUGGAAUUAUUGAUAAGGUGUUGGAGCCCUAAUGUGGGGACAAACAAUUUCUCUUAAACUAUGUUUGCAUUAAACAAUUUCUCUCAUAUUUUGCUUGCAUUUGAAUUAUGGUGGAUGAACACAUUAUGUAAAUUUGUUAAAUAUAUAUUCUAUGCUCAGUACCC